UGUCGCGGCUGCUUCAGUUCCGCACUCCAGCGAAGAAGCGAACGGGCGCGCUCUCCCUUCCUCCCUCCCAUGAGCCGGCUUCCGCGGCGAUAGCGGCGCCUCCCGCCUUUCUUCUCUGCCGAGGCGCCAGUAUGGGCAGCCGCCCCAGCAGCUGACACCGCCGGUAUCCCGGGCGCUUCCUCUCUUCUCGCCCAGCCGCCGCUUCCCUCCGGCGCCUCCCUUCCAGGCAGCCGCUCGGUCGCCUACAGAACUUCGCCGCGGAGAAGGAAGAGGAAAGUUUGGUCCGCCGCUGGCCAGGCACGGGGAGCGCGGGCUGGCCCGGCCGCCGGCCCGGAGGGUGGCUGCGGCGGCAGCAGCGGCUGGCGGGCGGGCGGGGGUGUGGCCGGGCCGCCCCGCUGCUGCCCCGCGGCCGGCGAGGGUUGCUCGGGGCCGGUGAGCCAUGCCGGCGGGCAGCCUGUUGCCGCUCUUCGGCAGCCCCGCCGGGCCGGGCGCGUCGGGCGCCUCGCUAGGCGGGGGCGCACUGGGCGGCGCGGGGGGCAGGAAGGUGUCCGGCCCCAGCGGCGCCUUCCGGCUGACGGAGAAGUUCGUGCUGCUGCUGGUCUUCAGCGCCUUCAUCACGCUGUGCUUCGGGGCCAUCUUCUUCCUGCCCGACUCCUCCAAGCUCCUCACCGGCGUCCUCUUCCACUCCGCCGGCCUCCAGAAGUCGCCGCCGCCGCCGCCGCCGCCGCCGCCCGCCCAGGGGGAGCCGCGCGCCCCGCAGCCGCCCGGAGCCGGCAGCAGCAGCAGCUACGCGGGUGCCGCUGAAGGGGAGGCGGCGGAGAACUUGGCCCGGAUCCGCGAGGACCACGAGCGAGCCCUGCGGGAGGCCAAGGAGACCCUCCAGAAGCUGCCCGACGAGAUCCGCAGCGACAUCAACCAAGACAAGUCCAACUUCCUCCAGAACAAGCCGGGCAGGAGGGAGGCGGCGGCUGAGCUGCCUGACCUGCCUUUCCGCGAGCCCAUCGGGGCGGUGGGGAAGGAGCCCGCAGACCCGCUCGUCGGGCAGAAGCGAGCGAAGAUCAAAGAGAUGACGAAACAUGCCUGGGAUAAUUAUAAACGUUAUGCUUGGGGAUUAAAUGAACUGAAACCCAUAUCAAAACAAGGGCAUUCAAGCAAUUUAUUUGGUAAUAUUCAAGGAGCAACAAUUGUAGAUGCUUUGGAUACACUAUAUAUCAUGGAAAUGAAAGAUGAAUUUAAAGAAGCCAAAGAGUGGGUAGAGAAAAAUCUAGAUUUCAAUGUGAAUGCAGAAGUCUCUGUUUUUGAAGUGAACAUUCGUUUUGUUGGUGGGCUGCUUUCAGCAUACUAUCUUUCUGGAGAAGAGAUAUUUCGAAAGAAAGCAGUGGAACUAGGAAAGAAGUUGCUUCCAGCCUUUAAUACUCCUACAGGAAUUCCUUGGGCAUUGUUGAAUAUCAAAAGUGGCAUUGGUCGAAAUUGGCCCUGGGCUUCAGGAGGAAGCAGUAUUUUGGCAGAAUUUGGAACCCUGCAUUUGGAGUUCAUGCAUCUAAGCUACUUAUCUGGAAAUCCAGUAUUUGCUGAAAAGGUGAUGAACAUUCGAAAAGUUUUAAAUCAGCUGGAUAAACCAGAAGGCCUUUAUCCAAACUACCUAAAUCCUAGUAGUGGCCAGUGGGGACAGCAUCAUGUCUCAGUUGGAGGACUUGGAGACAGUUUUUAUGAGUAUUUGCUUAAGGCAUGGCUGAUGUCCGAUAAGACUGAUGAAGAAGGCAAGCAAAUGUAUUAUGAUGCUGUUCAGUCCAUAGAGACCCAUUUGAUCAGGAAAUCUGGCACUGGUUUAAUGUACAUUGCUGAGUGGAAAGGUGGCCUGCUUGAACACAAAAUGGGCCACCUGACUUGUUUUUCCGGAGGGAUGUUUAUUCUGGGCGCGGAUGGAGCUCCUGCUGAGAAAAUUGAACGCCACAUUGAACUUGGUGCUGAAAUUGCCCGGACGUGUCAUGAGUCUUAUGAUCGCACAAGCAUGAAGCUGGGACCAGAAGCCUUUAGAUUUGACGGUGGAGUUGAGGCAAUUGCUACAAGGCAGAAUGAGAAAUACUACAUCUUGCGACCUGAAGUUAUAGAAACCUACAUGUAUAUGUGGAGAUUCACCCAUGACCCAAAAUAUCGGCAAUGGGGUUGGGAAGCUGUAGAGGCAUUGGAAGAAUACUGCAGAGUAGAUAGUGGCUAUAGUGGCGUCAGAGAUGUUUACAGCAACCAUCAGAGCCAUGAUGAUGUGCAGCAGAGUUUCUUCCUUUCAGAAACGCUCAAGUACUUAUACCUAUUAUUCUCUGAAGAUGAUCUUCUUCCGUUUGAUCACUGGGUCUUUAACACUGAGGCACAUCCUCUACCAGUUCUCUCAAGAGAAGAAGAAAAAGGAAAAAGAAGCUAGAUAAAAUAAUCAUGAAUUGGGGGCACAUUAUAGAUUUAUUAAAGUCUGAGUAAUUUUUGUUUUAGUUUUGAACCAAUUUUUUGCAGUCUGAUGUUUACCUAUAUACUAUUAAUCAGGGGACCUAAAUACCCAUUAAUUAUAAUUAAUUUUAUUUAUGUUCUUACAGGGGUGUGGGGUGGGUGAAUUUGAUUGGUCAUCUCUAUAUUUUGUUAUCUCUAUAUUUUGUUAGGCCGCAGUGUGCAUCAAGCCAAAUAGAAUAGAGAGGUUAGCAUGUUACUUAGUUCCAGUUUUAUUUUUGACUGCAAAAUUCUUUCCUCCUCUGUGAGGAGAUGUCUGCUUUAAGCUGUAAUACUUUGCUGUGUUGCAAAAAGCCAUAAAGAAUUAAGAGCUUUUUUUCUUUUACUCUUUUUUUUAAUGUGGUUUGUCUGAUCACUAGAGACAAAUCUCCUGACUGUGACAGCCUCUUCUUAUGCGGGUCUAUUGUUAGUUGGUAAUUUGAAUAUUUAAGAAGGUGUACUGUUCAGGAAAACUGCAGAAGAAAUAUUUUCAUCUCAUCUGAAGCCACUGUUGUAUUAAACUGCAGCGUCAUAUUGAAAUCAACUUGGUAGAGCCUGAAUUUUGAAACCCACUCCCAAUUCUGAUGCACAUCUUACCUGCAAAGUGUUAUCAGAUAGAUUUGAUACUUACUUUUUUAGGUGCUGUACUUUCAGUUUUACAAGUACCCACCAAACCAAAAGCAGGGAAGCAGCCUCCUGGACAUGCCGUUACCUAUAAAUUUAAUGAACCUGCAGUUUCCUCAGUGCAAGUGGAGUUUCUGGUGAAUUUGCCUCAGAAGGCAUUAAUUGCUUCCCUGUUAAAUGUUCAAUUCCAUAUUGUGAUAUGGGUUAGUCUGUGAAUUUUUUUUUGUGCAUUCAAGCCUUUAUACCAUUUAGAGAGUGGAAGAGGCCAGUUCCUUGAGACUGUUGCCAUUUCAAGCAUUCCUUUUAGCACUAUGAGACCUUUGGUAAAUAUCAGAAUCAAUGCUGUGAAAAAGGAAAGAACAUAAUAUUUCAAAGGGGCCAUGUUUCAAACAUUAAUGUUCAGCUUUGUUUACUUUUGAGAGGUGGAAGCUACUGCUUUUAAAUGCUUUGCUUUAUAUAAAAAAUCUAUUUUCUGUGUCCUUGCUAAUCAGAAUAACAGCAAUGAUUAAAGUUUAAUUUUGAUAGUAACUCUGAUGAACAGACUAAUCAAGGUCAGGGUGAGAGAAGGCACAACUCCUUUUACCUGUUUACCAUUAGGAUGCCUUCAGAGAGUGAAAUGCUUGAAUGAAUAACAUUAGUCAUAGAAUGAUUUUGUGUGGUGUCAUUUGUAAACACUGGCUAGCUUCCCUCAUAAAAGCGGAAAAGAAAUAGAUUGUUUCUAAAAGGUAAAUUUUCCAGAAAGCAGCAUGUGAGUUUUGUUACUUACAAGAGUAAACGAGUUGUAAAAGAUACACGUACCUUCUCCCGUAGUACACAUAACACUAGAUUUGCUGGCCUUUUUAAAAGAACCUAGAACAGCUGCUGCACCUAUGAAUACUUCUUCUCUGUUGCAAUCUUACUUAUACUUUCAAGUAUGAGGCCUUUAGGUUUGAGCCAAUAUAGGUUAUAUCUUGGUUGGAAGAUUCUUGGAACAAUACAUAAAAUUGGUUAUCAAUAAACAAAAUGAUCAUAUAAUCUGCAUCCAUUUCUUUGCAGAUGACCAUCUUUUUAGAGUAUCACAUCAUAAUAUAGUGACUUUUUUCAUAUUGCAGUCCUCAUACUGCAGUGCUGUCACAGGGUCUUGGAUCCACUUGUGAAGGCUAUUGGUUGUGAUGUUAUGUUGGUGCUCUUAAGACAGAAUUGAGCCAGUUGGCUGAAAAUACGAUUCUGCAGUCUGAGUGAGUGCACGACAUAGGCAAUGGCUUCUCUUCCCCCAAGUAUUCAUCAAUUUCCUUUUCAGUGUCUCUCCUUCUAAAUCACAUAUCCCACCCCCCAUAUGAAAUCUUGAAUGCAGUUCUGGGAGAGCAGCACAAGAAGCAUAAUUAUUUUACGUAAAAUGAACAGGUCCCAGAACUACAGUAUCUGAUUCUGAAUUUCUCUUAACAUUCUUUACUGAUCAGAAUUAGUCAAAUGGGGGGGGGGGGAGACCCAUAACCUCUUCAGGUGAUAGGUUGUUAUGUGCAUUUGCUUAAUGUUUUACACACACACUUUCAUAUUACUUUUUUAUUACAAAGUGGUUUGAAAGCAUGAUGAGCAUAAAAACAAUGUGGUAAAUGGUGAUCUAAGCAUUCUUUCACUGUAGUUUCUGAGAUGAGAAAUAUUUCUUAAUACUUUUAUCAAAAUACUUAAAUGUUUCCAAUGGGGGCCGUCAGGAAAAACAUGGCUCCUGGUUUUCCAAAUCUUAUAGAUGCAAUUGGGAAAAAACAAGCAUAAUUCUGUUUAACUUCCUUUUCCCUCAUGAAUGACUCAUAUCUUAACAAUUACUUUCUCUUAGAUUAUAUAGUUUAACUGUUAAUAGUCUGUAGUAUGUUUCCCAGCAUAUGACAAGUAAGAUUGCUAUAUAUAAAUUUAAUGUGGAAUUGAUUGCAGAAUGAAAUUAAAUGCCCCAAUUUUUAAAGUAAGUCCCAGUGCCUUCUGCAGCUGCACGGAAGACAGAUGUGCAAUACAUAAGUGUAAGGAGGGAUAUAGUUGUAAAUGUAUACUGCUAUGCAGGUAUUUCCAUCCCAUCACUAGGAAGAAUGAAGUCUGUAUCUGUUAACUGACAAUGCAUUUUUUAACUCAAGUUCAUGGCAAAAGUAAAUAUAAAGCAGAAAUUACAACUGGGUUAAUCAUUGUGCAGUGCUGAGAAGCCACAAGUCCAACAACUUUUUAAUUUAUCAGAAUUGCAAUCUGUAAAACAAAAUGCAUGUGGUUGGUGUCCAUUUCCUAAGUUAUUUCUUGAAGCACUAUUACUUUCUGUUGGAACUAUCACUUAUGUUAGAGUUAAUGACAUCAUGACUCAUCUCUCUUCCAAACUCUUUCCACCACAGAAGCAUGGUAACAUUCCUGCCAGUAUUACCUUAUGGCUCCAUGCUGCAGCCAGUCCUUUCCCAGCUUUGGCUCAUCAUCUAUCCAGAUAAGCAUGAAAUAUUCUAAGCUAUAUAUGAUACCUUGAAUAAAAGUUUGCAACUACCAAUCCCUUUUAUACAUAAAUCCCAAACAUUUUAUUCUGGGUGGGGGGAAGUGGAUUCUGUAUCUCCCUGGUAUACUGGAUACAUUUGCAGAUGUAACAAAUGUAUCCAGUUUGUACAAGACGUACAAACUGGACCCAUUUGUCUCUGCUAUGUUCUGUGUAUAAGUGUUCCUGAUUUUACAUAAAAUCCACAAUAAAGAAUGUUUUCCAUUCACAACAGGCUCUGGACUUUUUGAGAAACUCUACACAUGAGACUUAAAUAUCCUUUGCAGAAAUGCUGGCCUUCCAGCAGCUGAACUAUUAAGAGAAUGUCAAAUAUAUAUGUACGUAUUAUUAGUAACAGUUAAACAUUCUUCAGCUCAGAUUGUAAAAUGGCUUGACAGUUGCCAAUGACAUCUGUCACAGGGUUAAUAGUCAUAGGGUCUUUUUAAAUUCAAGUGUAAAUUAGCUUAGGGUGCAUAUUUUGUUUUGUUUUGCACAUGUGCAUUAUUUCACUGCUACUUGAGAAUUGUGUUGCAGGAGACAGGAAAGUGGUUGUCCUGGAUGGAAUACCAAUUGUUAAAUCAAUUGAUUUGUUCAGGAGGCCUUUUUUUGCAAAUGGUCAGACUGCUAAUUUUCUUUUUUUUAAAUCACAGUUACAUGAACUUUACUUCUCUUGUGCGUAUGGAGGCAUAUGAAAUCUCUGGGUGCAUUGAUUGCUUGAACCAAGAUUUGCAGGAGCCAGGGACAAUUCUGUAAAUUACAUAAACAUGUUGAAAGUUCAAGUCAGUUUCAGCAAUUAAUGAACAUGUGCCAGCACAGCACCACACAUCCUUAUGCCCUGAGAAAUGCAGACUGUACCAGCAUGAAAUCAGCUCAGAAUAUUCUCAGUUUUAAAGCAGGAGCAUAAGACCAUUUUUAGGGGCAAGACAAAACACUUUAAAAUAUAGUUAGUAUUGGAAGCUGAAUAAAGAUGUAUCAAGUACAUUAUGUUUAAACUUCAGCAUCAUCCCUAGAAAUUACUAUAUUUUGUCAAUAAGCUAUAUUGUAUUCCAACCCCAAACAAGGAUAUAUGCCUAAAAACAUCUUGUUCCCAAAAAUGUACUGACAGUAGAAACGAAGGGAAAUAGUUAAGGUAUGCUUAGCAUUUAUUACUGCCCAAUAUGUGGAUCUCCACUCCUCCUUUAUUUUGCCAUGCUUCCAAUGUGUGCCCCAUCAAGCCUCGCUGUUGCCAUCAUGGGGGAAACUGGUCCAAUGUGCAAAAUAUUUACUCUGCUCCUGUGGUGUAUUUCUGUCAAUCAAUACAGAAGAAAAAUAAGUUUAGAAGGAAACAGAAAUUGUACUUGCAGAUUUUUGUGAAUUCUACUUAACCAGGCUAAUCCUUUAAAAGUAAUCAACACGAAGUUUCAUAUUUCUCUCUAUGGAAUAUUGUAAUCCUCAUAACUUUCUCAUGAGCGUUAUAGUUUGAAAGAGCACAAAAUUUCUAGGGUUCUGUAACUGCUAUGGUAAUCAGGUUGUAUGUACAAGCUGCACUAUAAUGUACCUUUUUGUAAAGUGAUGUAAGUAGACAAGAAGAUUGUAUAACUGUAGAACUGCAAAAAUUUAAGAGAAACAUGUUUUAUAUGUUCAAAAGCAUUGAGGUUGUGUGUCCAACACACACAAAAACACCAAAGUAUAUAAACUUCAGAAUUAUUACCAUUUUAAAUUUAAAUCUACAAUCCUGAAAUUGUUUACAGUGGUGUAAAUAUCUUAACGAAGACCUUAGUAUUAACAAUAGCCUCACAACCAAGCUCAAUGUGAGCUCAAUAGGAGAUAACCCUGGGAUGACUGAGGUACUGAUGACCACUGUAAAUGUAACUUAGAAAUAAGGCUUUUUUAAAAGUAUCUCUUCCAGUUUAGACAGUGUCUAAAUUUUCAUUGCUCUCAAGCAUAUAACACAAUGCAGUUGUUUUAAAUAUAUAUUAUAUCCUGAAAAUAAUUUAAAUGCAGUGUGUGUUGUAUGACAGCUGUACCAUCCCAAUGACACCUUGCUGACUUCUCAUGUAGUCAUUUUAUGCGUUUUUUAAUUUUUACAUAUCACACUUAGUCUUUUCCACCUUUAUAGAAAUCUCUGGAGUUAUGAGAGAUCAAAAUGCUUAAUUUUUAAGAACUAUAUUUGUAAAAAAAUCUCUAUUGUGAAUAAAGCCUUUUACUACA